AUGGGGAAGGCACAGAAAAAGACAGGAAAGGGUCGGCUUGACAAGUACUACAAACUUGCAAAGGAACAGGGCUAUCGGGCUCGUUCAGCUUUCAAGCUCAUCCAACUCAACAAGAAGUACUCUUUCCUCGAAAACGCAAGAUGUUGUAUCGAUCUCUGUGCUGCUCCCGGCGGUUGGCUGCAAGUCGCCAGCAAGUACAUGCCGGUGAACACCGUUAUCGUCGGCGUCGACUUGGUUCCAAUCAAGCCCAUCCCCCGUGUCGUCACAUUCGCUUGCGAUAUCACUACCCCACAGUGCCGAAAUCUCAUUCGUGGCGAGCUAAAGGACUGGAAAGCAGAUGUCGUACUCCAUGACGGUGCCCCAAAUGUCGGUACUGCCUGGGUGCAGGACGCUUACAGUCAAUCCGAACUCGUGCUCAUGUCGAUGAAACUCGCUGUCGAGUUCCUUAUGAAAGGCGGCACGUUCGUGACCAAGGUCUUCCGAAGUGCGGACUACAAUAAUCUCAUCUGGGUCUUCAACCAGCUAUUUGGCAAGGUCGAAGCAACCAAGCCUCCAUCAUCCAGGAAUGUGUCCGCCGAAAUCUUUGUUGUUUGCCGUGACUUCUUGGCUCCUAAGCAUAUCGACCCGAAGUUCUUUGAUCCCAAGCACGUCUUUAAGGACCUCUCGGCAUCGGCUUCUGUAGAGGGUGAAAAAGCUGCGUCCAACGCUCAAGCGAAUGUCUUCCAGCCCGAGAAGAAGCGACGGAAGCGUGACGGUUACGAUGAUGGUGACUACACCUUGUUCAAGAAAGCCAGCGCCGCAGACUUCAUUCGCUGCGAAGACUCUAUCUCCUUCCUUGGCAGCGUCAACAAGAUUACCUUUGAGUCUGAAGAGGAGAAGGAGUGGCUGUUGAUGGAUAUCACAACCGAGGACGUCGAGGAGAACUGCAAGGAUUUGAAGGUGCUAGGCAAGGGCGACUUUAAAACCUUGAUGAAGUGGCGCACAGCGCUCCGUGAAGAGAUUGGUCUCGAGGUCAGGACGAAGCCCACGGAAGAACUCACUGAGAUGGUUGAGGUUACGGAAGAAGUCGACGAGGAGACACAAAUACAAGAGGAGCUUGAACGACUGAACACAGAGGCCGUUGCACGUGCCAAGCGAGAACGACGCCGGGCAAACGAGGUCAAGACCCGCACCAUCCAACGAAUGCAGCUCCAGAUGACCGCGCCUAUGGACAUUGGUAUGGAGCAUAAUGACUUGUCCCUGCGUGGCCAGGAAGACAUCUUCGACCUCGAACACACCGCUAAAGGUCUUAAUAAGAAGGGCGGUCUUUCUGCGCUUGACGAUGAGUACGACCCUGAGAGUUCUGAAGAGGAGGCGGAAGCUGUCGAGGAGGACGAGACUCUGGACACCGAUGGCGAACAGGAGCGGAAGGUCAACGAGCUUGAGGCCGAGCUCGACGGCUUAUACGACGCAUAUCAAGAACGCUUACAAGAGCGGGACACGAAGUACAAGGUCAAGGAGGCACGAAAGAAUAGCAACGAUCGAGAGGAGUGGGCAGGUAUUCAGAAGCGAGACAGCGAUGACGAAGAUAGUAACGAGGAUGAUGAAGAGGGUGGCUACAAUCUCAUGGAAACUGCGAAGGAGAGGGCAGAAGAGGACUCUGAGUCGGACUCAGACAGCGACGUCGACGACGAUUUCGGCUUCGAGGCCACAUCACGCUCUGCAAAGCGCUCACGAGCAGACGACGGUGGUGUUAGUCAGCGCAAGAAGGCACGAAUGAACGUCGCUCCGUCAUCGUCGAAAGGAAAGGAGAUUCUCAGUCGCGGCGCCCAGGUUUGGUUUAGUCAAGGGCUGUUCAAAGGUACCGGUUUGUCGGACGUAGAAGACGAGGAGGAAGGCGGCAGCGAUGCGGUCAUGGAUGUUGAUGAGAACAGCGAGGGGGACGUCGAGGAAGAUGUUCACGAUGCUUCGGAAGAUGAGGAUGAGUUCGAAGUUGUUUCCCAAGAAGAAGAUGGUGAUGUAGACAUGUGGGAUGUUAAUGACGAGGCUGAAGACGAGAUCAAGCAGGAGAAGAUAAGAAAGCAUGGCCUGAUAACGGCAGAGGCUGUCACACUGGCGCAGCAACUCGUGAACCACAAAAAGACACGGACAGAGCUCAUCAACGAGGGCUUCAAUCGUUACUCACUUAAUGCCAAGGAUGGUCUGCCUUCGUGGUUCCUCGAUGACGAGCAGAAGCACUACAAGGCCAACAUACCUGUCACGAAGGAGGCCGUCGCCGCUCUUCGCGCCAAAAUGCGGGCGCUGGACGCUCGACCUAUCAAAAAGGUUGCUGAGGCAAAAGCGCGGAAGAAAAUGAAGGCCGCGCAGCGCUUUGAGAAAGCACUCAAGAAGGCUGAAGGCGUCACUGCAAUGUCUGACAUGACCGAGCGGGAGAAGGCGAAGCAGAUCGAGAAGCUCAUGGCGAAAGGCACAUCGACAAAGAAGGCGAAGAAAGAGAUUAAAGUAGUCGUCGCGAAGGGCGCGCACAAAGGCCUGAAGGGAAGGCCGAAGGGCGUCAAGGGACGCUAUGUGAUGGUCGACUCGCGGAUGAAAAAAGAGGUAUGUCCGCAAAAAUAA